AUGGUAGAAUUUAAAGAACAUAUAAAAAAAGAAGACUUGUUUAAAUUCGAGACAUAUUUAAGUCGUUUGUUUAGUAUUCUUUGUUUUAUGAAAAUUUCACCGAGUUAUAGUGAAUUAUCAUUUAUUAAAAAAUUAUGCAGUACUUGUUUUGUCAUAAUUUCUCUUGGUUGUGCCACAUCAGGAUGUAUUUUACAAAUAGUGAGCUUUAAGGAUGUUCGUGAUAUGCCUUCAUUCUCACAACGUGUAAUAGAAUUAUGUUUCAUAGGUCUCGGAACUUAUAAAUGGUAUCAUUGUAUUCUCAAGUUUGACAGUCUCAAAGAAAUCAUUGAGCUAUUAAAUAAUUGUCAUCAAGUGGGUUAUCUAAUCAAUAACAACGAUAAAGAAUAUAAAAUUUAUCAUCAAGAAAUGUUAGAUGCUAAAAAAGCAUCAGAAUAUUUUAUGAUAGUUUGGUUUCCAUUUACGAUACUUGGAGUAGUACAGUGGUGUCUAACACCAUUGACAAGUGAUUUUUAUAUCAAUAAAGAUAUUGAUAGAAAUAAUAAAAAUAUGACUUUAUUAAGAAGUUAUCCAAAUGGUGCAACAUUUCCAAUUGAAAUAGAUACUCUAACUAAAUAUCUAUUAAUGUUUUUGUUUCAAUCUUUAGGCAUACUUUUUUCAGCUAUCGGAAUGAGUGGAUGUGAUGUUAUUUUAAUCAGUAUUAUUAUGUAUAUUUGUGCUCAUUUAAGAUAUUUAAAUAAUUGUCUUAUUGAUGAAAAUAAUAUACAAUUAAUUCUCAAAUCAAAAAAUCCAAGUGAAAAAUUGAAAGAAAAGUUGAAAAAUUGUGUCAUUUUUCAUGAUCAAAUUUUAAAGGUACAUGAAAAUUAUUUGAGCUAUUCAAAUGGUGCAAUGUUUGCGCAGUGUAUUGAGAAUAUAAUUUCAUUGUGUCUGGUGUCAUUACAAGCAUCAACAAUGCAUUAUUCUCCAGGUAUUGAUUUUAUUGUUGCAUUUACGAGUAUGAUUGAAUAUUCCAUGGGCAUAUUUAUCGAAUUAUUUGCAUUUUGUUAUUAUGGAACAAAACUUGAAGAAUUGGGACAUGAAGUAAGUGACUCGUUUUUUUCAUCCAAUUGGGAAAAAUGCAAUGACAAAAUUCAAAUAAAAAUUCAAAAUAUUUUGAAACUUGGAAUAAUGCGUUCACAAAAGCCUAUUAUAAUAACCGGUGGCCCGUUUUAUAUUUUUAAUUUGGAAACUUUUAAAAAGCUGGCAUAUAUGUCUAUUUCAAAUUCAGUUGUCUUACGACAAUUACAAACGACUGAUUGA